UUGUUGCGGCCAUCUCGUGACUGACUGACAAAAUAGCGUCAAGUUCACGGUUGAAUAGUUAAGUGUCUGAGUGUAGUUGUAUAUGUGUGUUACAAAAGCAUUAUUGUGUGCACGAUACACAAACACGUAUUUUUUCCCAUGAGUAUAUUUUUACCGAAAUUACAGUCCCAGUUCACUAUGUUGUGUCUGUUCUAAAGACGGCAGGACUCAAGUGUAGCAUUCACUGAAAGACGUUUAUUAACAGCCCGUAAUAACGUCAUAGAAUAUGGAUACGGUGGCCGCGUAAUGUCACUCCAUAACAGUGUCCAAUGAUGAUACGACACUUUUUACCUCUCCAAUGACUUGUACUGAAAAUCAUGAUGGAGUUGGAUGGAAACAUCUUGAAGGCGUCCAGCGGCAACUGCGAGACCUGGGUCAGCAUUUGAGAAGCAUAAAACUGCAGCAAGAUGGAGGGGAAAACAUGGAAAAGCAGACACUGUGCGUGACUGCGAUUGGGCACAAAUCACGCAGAUUGCCAGGAAAGAACAGAGUCGUUUCCACAAAAAGGAGAAAGAAUACAAGAUCGAUCCAGCAACCAAUCACAGUCAACGUCAAGUUAGUUUACUACCCUGUCGUCCUGACUAACAGCCCUGUGAAUUUGGGAGACAGUUCGGGACACAAUUACUCUUACGGCAGUUGUGACUGUGAAAAUCAAGAUACGGCCCUGACGCUACAACUUGCUAGAGCCCUCGCUGCUUUGGAAGACGCCGCCAACUUCUACGUCCGAAGCCGAAAGGCCACCAUACAAAUCUUCUGUGGUUUAGCCACUGAACUUCAAAAACACCUCCAUUGUGCUAAAAUGUGUGCAAAGGUGAUUGAAGGUUUAGUGGGGACGGUGGCCUCGACAGGAUUCGGGAGGUUCGUUGCUUCGUUCUUCGCCCCCGGCACUUCAGUGGAGGAGCUCAUUGGUGUGGUUCCCGGCUUUGGAGUAGGCCACGGGCUGUCAACGGUGGGAGAAAUCAUAACGGACAUCAUAACUUCAAAGUUAACCAGUGCCAGCGCGAUUGAAAUACUCGAGGACGACAGCAUCGCAUUUGAUUAUCUCAAGGCGGUCCUGGAGCGAGUCCACUCGACUUGGAAGCGUCUUCGCGGCGUGAGGAGGGUUGUUACAGGGGUCGGGGCUGGGGUAGGGGAAAUGCAAAACUCCCCCGUGACAGAUUCCGUGUACGCUUUGAUGCGGGCGAUGGGCACAGUGGCCUUUCAGGUGGGACAGGUGGCUGGCAAGACGGCUUUCAAGGCAGCGAGGGAUGUGGGGCACCGCAUAGUCAUGAAAGGCGUGAUGUCCACAGCGAGUUCGACCCCGCAAGACCUUUGCACUAUAAUCACGUCCGUCAUAACGCUCCUUUACAAAACUGUUCCGGAAAUGGCGCGAGUUAUCCGCGAAAUUGCCAUAGACAUGAUGGAUCUGGACUGGCCCUCGGCCCAAGAAAUGCGCGAAAAAGUUGAUAGCAUAGCUUCAUACUUAGAGCACUUUGUAAAUAUUUAGAGAAUGAACCAGUGGUGUAAAUACGCGUCUGCUAGUGGGCAGAUUAGGGAUGACCAAAGAUCGUAAAGUUGCCCGGCAUUAAAAAAGUCGUAAGAUGCUAGAGGCGCUUUUCAGGAUACAAAUUGAUGCGGUCGUAUGUCACUUAACAUUAUCAAAACGGGUAUAUUAAGAUUUUUGUAGUUUCCAUUUAUCAGAAGCAUUUUUGAAUCGUUGGAAAGUAAAGACGCUAACCUCAGAUCAGAAUAAGCUCUUUCUGAGCACAAGGGGAUCGAGGGACGAAUGAUGCAAUGACCCAACCCUUGCUGAAUUUUCGCCCAUGAAAUGCUUGCAUGCAAUUAAGCUAUUUGUGGCGAAUAUGAGGAAUUUAAAAGUAAAGGAAGCAUCCUGGACCACCUUUGUCAUGCAAUGCUUCCAGUACGUGCCUGGGUUCUAAGUAUUUGGUGUAUUUGGCUGUACAGUUUUCAAUGUUUAUACCAUUGCUAUACAUUUGAGCUUAUAUUGUGUGCCCAAAGUGGUCAUGUACGGACCGACAGUCCAAUGGAGGUAUUUUUCUGUAUUCACUCAGAUGUCUUUUCGACUUAUAACGUUUCCAAUAUAUGCAUUAAUGAAUGAUAUGCAGUUCUUGAAACUUUGAGAGUGAGGUCAGAUUUGAGGCUAUUGUGUAAAGA